GGCCUGGCGGGACGCCGCCUACCACAAGUCGGUGUGGCGGGGGGUGGAGGCCAAGCUGCACCUGCGCCGGGCCAACCCGUCGCUGUUCCCCAGCCUGCAGGCCCGGGGCAUCCGCCGGGUGCAGAUCCUGAGCCUGCGCCGCAGCCUGAGCUACGUGAUCCAGGGCAUGGCCAACAUCGAGAGCCUCAACCUCAGCGGCUGCUACAACCUCACCGACAACGGGCUGGGCCACGCGUUCGUGCAGGAGAUCGGCUCCCUGCGCGCGCUCAACCUGAGCCUCUGCAAGCAGAUCACCGACAGCAGCCUGGGCCGCAUCGCGCAGUACCUCAAGGGCCUGGAGGUGCUGGAGCUGGGCGGCUGCAGCAACAUCACCAACACCGGCCUGCUGCUCAUCGCCUGGGGCCUGCAGCGCCUCAAGAGCCUCAACCUCCGCAGCUGCCGCCACCUCUCGGACGUGGGCAUCGGGCACCUGGCCGGCAUGACGCGCAGCGCGGCCGAGGGCUGCCUGGGCCUGGAGCAGCUCACGCUGCAGGACUGCCAGAAGCUCACGGACCUCUCCCUGAAGCACAUCUCCCGCGGGCUGGCGGGCCUGCGGCUGCUGAACCUCAGCUUCUGCGGCGGCAUCUCGGACGCCGGCCUCCUGCACCUGUCGCACAUGGGCAGCCUGCGCAGCCUCAACCUGCGCUCCUGCGACAACAUCAGCGAAACGGGCAUCAUGCACCUGGCCAUGGGCAGCCUGCGAAACGCCAGCCCAACGACCACGGCCUUGUCGCCCUCCUGCCCCCCUGUCGCCAAGCCCGGUCUCUUCUCAUCGCUUCGCCCUGGCAGGCCUCUGCUAGCCACGCUCACUGCAUUUCUGUCACCAACGUGGAAAUUUAAGAAAUCGAACAAAAUGAAACUGUUUAAAAAACCAGCCCUGAAAGCCACAGUUUCCCCGAGUGGCCAGUGUUCCUUUGGGUGGAAACAAGAGCUAGGGCUGCUGUUGAAAGAGUGGGUCAUGAGACGUGGACGGGGCGAGAAAGAUGGAUUUCCUGACCCUCAGAGCGGCUGCGGGGAGGACGUGAAGGUGGAGCGACUGAAGCCAUUGUUCCGAAAAGUUGAAAGAGCGCUGUCCCUGCGUGCUCGCUGGCUCAGUCAUGCAUACUGA